AUGGUACGCUCCCUUCGAACGCGCAUCCGAGUUCUGAGGAAGAAGCUCCAGCUGGACAGGCCGUCCACCAAUGACUUUGAAGACAGGGACAAAAGACAACGACAAGCACAAGCCAGGAACUUCGAUACUCACUAUGCUGCAAAGCAUCUCCGUGCCCUAAAUGAAGGAGAAGAGGUCGAAGAGCAGAGGUUCAUCGUGAGCGGCGAGGUGGCCGUGCUCAACUCCACCAGCAUCGAGAUCACGGAGCUUCCGGUCCGGGUGUGGACUCAGACGUACAAGGAGACGGUGCUGGAGACCAUGCUGCAUGGCACAGAGAAAGUGCCACCGCUCAUAUCCGACUACAAGGAGUACCACACAGACACCACCGUUCGCUUCGUGGUUACCAUGGCCGAAGAGAAGCUGGCCAAAGCCCGCGAAGAAGGACUGCACAAGGCUUUCAAGCUGCAGACUACGUUCACGACGUCCUCUAUGGUUCUGUUCGACUCCAAGGGCGUCCUGAGGACGUUUCGAACCCCCGAGGACAUCCUGCGCGACUUCUUCGAUACGCGCCUGCAAGCGUAUGUCAAUAGAAAGGCCUACCUCAUCGGUUUGUUGUCGGCUGAAGCGAAGCGCCUCGAAAACCAGGCACGCUUCAUUCUCGAGAAAAUUGGCAACAUCAUCAAGAUCGAGAACCGCCGCCGCAAAGAGAUGUUGGAGACACUGCGGCAGCGGGGCUAUGAUCCCGACCCCAUCCUAAUCUGGAAGAAGAAGCAGUUGCAGCAGACAGGGCGUCGAGACAGCCAAGACGAGUCGCAGGAUGAAGGCGGAGACGCUGCCGAAGAACCGGAUGAGGAGCGAGACAAGGACGGUGGCAGCGUGCACUACAACUACCUCCUGGGCAUGCCGCUUUGGAGUCUGACUAUGGAGAGGAAGGAUGACCUGCUCAAGAAGCGCGACGAGAAGCGAGAACUCGAAGUGCUGCGUCGAAAGUCCCCCGAGAACCUCUGGGAAGAAGACCUGGACGCCUUCUCGGCCAAGCUGGACGAAGUGGAGCAAGCGCAGCGCGAUGAAGAGGACUCUACUGGCGUCAAGACGACCAAGGGGUCCAAGGGCGGACGCUCUAAGGUACCUAUAGCUUUAGGGGCGAUGUAUCUUCAGGGCGAGGCUUGUCCAGUGUCUGUUGUCACAGCUACGUUGAAUGGGAUAACGGUCGGGUAA